AUGGAAGAGAUCAAACUCACUUUCCCAGCCGACUCUCCACCGCUUUCGGUCAUCGUUGCUCUCUCCCUCUCAUCCUCUCCGGUAACCAUCGACUCCUCCUCCUCCGCCGUCCCUUCAUUCGUCUUCUCCGACGGGCGCAAGCUGACUGGGACAUCAGUUCUUCUCCGAUACGUCGGUCGAUCAGCUAAGUCUCUUCCUGGUUUCUACGGCCACGAUGCUUUCGAAUAUUCCCAGAUUGAUGAGUGGAUAGACUACGCACCUGUCUUCUCCUCCUCUGGCUCAGAGUUUAAGAAUGCUUGUACAAGUGUCGAUAACUACCUUCAAAGUGGCACCUUUCUUGUUGGUCAUUCUCUUUCCAUCGCCGAUGUUGCUGUUUGGUCAGCUCUUGCUGGAUCCGGUCCGAGGUGGGAGAGGUUGAGGAAAUCGAAAAAGUAUCAGAACUUGGUUAGAUGGUUCAACUCGAUAUCGCUUGAGUACGCCGAGCCACUCAACAAGGUGGCUGCGUAUACUGCGGCGAAGAAGGGCUCAGGGAAGGCUUCAUCUGUUGCACCAAGAUCCAAAGACCAACAAGCAUCAGAUAAAGGGAAGCCUGAAGUGGACUUGCCUGGUGCUGAAGUUGGAAAAGUCAAGCUCCGGUUCGCUCCAGAGCCAAGCGGUUACCUCCACAUCGGACACGCCAAAGCCGCCUUGCUGAACAAGUACUUCGCCGAGCGUUACCAAGGGGAAGUGAUCAUCCGUUUCGACGACACCAACCCCGCCAAAGAGAGCAACGAGUUUGUUGAGAAUCUAGUCAAAGACAUCGGUACCUUGGGGAUCAAGUAUGAGCGUGUGACCUACACUUCCGAUUACUUCCCCGACCUGAUGAGCAUGGCGGAGAAGCUGAUGCGCGAGGGAAAGGCUUACGUGGACGACACGCCGAGGGAGCAGAUGCACAAGGAGAGGAAGGAUGGGAUUGAUUCGAAAUGCAGGAACCAUACCGUCGAGGAGAAUCUGAAUCUGUGGCGAGAGAUGAUCGCUGGAAGCAAGAGAGGGUUACAGUGCUGUGUCCGAGGGAAGCUAGACAUGCAAGAUCCUAACAAAGCUAUGCGUGACCCGGUUUAUUACCGUUGCAACCCUAUGUCUCAUCACCGUAUAGGGAAUAAGUACAAGAUCUAUCCAACGUAUGACUUCGCUUGCCCGUUUGUGGACUCCAUUGAAGGCAUAACGCAUGCUCUUCGGUCUAGUGAGUAUCACGACAGGAAUGCUCAGUACUACAAAGUUCUGGAGGACAUGGGAUUGCGGAGAGUUGAGAUUUAUGAGUUUAGUAGGUUGAAUCUAGUGUACACUCUUCUCAGCAAGAGGAAGCUUCUCUGGUUUGUUCAGCAAGGGGAGGUUGGUGGGUGGGAUGAUCCACGCUUCCCUACGGUGCAAGGCAUUGUCCGUAGAGGUUUGAAAAUCGAGGCACUGAUUCAGUUCAUUCUUGAGCAAGGUGCUUCCAAGAAUCUAAACUUGAUGGAAUGGGACAAGCUGUGGACUAUCAACAAGAAGAUAGUUGAUUCUGUGUGUCCUAGACAUACGGCUGUGGUUGAAGAGCGGCGUGUACUGUUGACAUUAACCGAUGGUCCUGACGAGCCGUUUGUCCGCUUGAUACCAAAGCACAAGAAGUAUGAAGGUGCCGGAGAGAAGGCGACCACUUUCACCAAGAGGAUAUGGAUCGAGGGAGCUGAUGCGAGUGCCAUCUCUGUUAACGAGGAAGUGACUCUGAUGGAUUGGGGAAACGCCAUUGUGAAGGAAGUUACAAAGGACGAGGAGGGUCGUGUCACUGCGUUAUCAGGCCUUCUGAAUCUCAAAGGGUCUGUGAAGACUACAAAGCUGAAGCUCACGUGGCUUCCGGAGACUAAUGAGUUAGUUAAGCUCACGUUAACAGACUUUGGUUACUUAAUCACCAAGAAGAAGCUGGAGGAAAAUGAUGAGUUGGUUUUUGCUAAGUUUGUGAAUCCUGACACGAAGAAGGAAACAUCAGCACUUGGUGAUUCGAAUAUGAGGAAGCUCAAGGAAAAUGAUGAGUUGGUUUUUCCUGAGUUUGUGAAUCCUGACACGAAGAAGGAAACAUCAGCACUUGGUGAUUCGAAUAUGAGGAACCUGCAGCGUGGUGAUGUGAUUCAGCUGGAGAGGAAAGGCUACUACAGAUGUGAUGUGCCUUUUGUCAAGUCUUCAAAACCCAUUGUCUUGUUCUCAAUCCCAGAUGGAAGGCAACACCAGCCAUUGUCUGCUAACUGA